UCUAGAGAUAAGAGAGAGCUCGAGAGAAAAAGGUUUUAUAUUUAAUGUUUUGCAAUACCUACCCUCAAGGGGUUAUUUAUAGAGAAAUAUGAGUUGGGUUCCCGGGCUUGGGCAUUAGGGGCCCAAUUAAUAUGAUGGGCCACUAAGCGAUUGCUACACGAAGUAAGCUAUAUAACUACAAUGUAAAUGCUAUCUGCUAUGUGUUCUUGGUCGAUUUGAUCAGGGCGAGGUGACUGUUUUUUAGCAAAGCUGUUGGAUUCAUAUCUUGAUUUCUUCGUUUCUGGAAACCUUUCGUGCAAUUCGGCCUCGCUUGGGAGGAGUGGGCUCAAUCGAGGCGGUUGAUCCAGUAGCAUUAGGGAGAUUUCGUGUAUCCACGAGUAUAUGGAUCAUGGUUCUGGUCUCAUAUACUCUUAUCACUAGUCAUUUUUGUCUUCUAAGUGUAGAGGUAAUAGUUUUCCAUUUCCCCGAAAAUAUUACGCAAAAUGAAAAAUUUACAUUUGAGUUUUUUCUUAAAAAUCCUAGUGUCCAUGUCAUUGAAUAUAGGGUCUAUAUAUUUUAAAACUUGAAGGGUUUUGGACCAGAGACCUGUCCCUUCAAAAUUGAUGUAUGCCUGACUGCUACCUCUUGACUUUCAAUCUUCAAAUCAUGUGGUGUAGCACUUAUUUGAAAAGUGUCCACCUUCUCAUGAAGCCUUCAAGUGGCGUGGUCCGUGAACUCUCUAGGACAAAGAGGGAGCACCCCGUCCUCAUGGCCUCCAAAAGAACCCAUGUCAAGGAUAAAACUUUUAACAAUAAAUUCCCGAGUUAUUUAUCAAAAUAGGACUAAAAGUCAUUCACUUUUCACAAAUAGGACCAAAAAAUGAACUAUGUUUGCAUAGGACUAAUUAUAUGUACCUUGGACAAUUAUACCCUUAUAGCUAUUAAAAUGUUUUAAUUCCUAAUAAAAUAAUAAAAAAUAAUAAAAUUUCGUAAAAGAUACUAAAAAAUUAAGAAAAACAUUUUCGAUUUUAAAAAAUUAAUUAAUUUUUUUUUUCAAAAAAUUAAAAAAAAAAAAAAUUUAAAAAAAUAAAAACUCAAAAAAAAAAAAUCGUCGCCGCCUCUGCCGCCAGUGGCGGACCCAGAAAAUCGGAGUCACGGGGUCCCUACCUUAAUGUAACUCUAACCAAUAACAAAUUAAAAAAAUGUAAGUAUAUAAUAUUAAAGUAGCAUAACAUUUCAUAGUUAAUGUACAUCAUCAAAAUAUUAAGAACUUUUAUCAAUUCAGAACCUUAAAGAUAGAUAAAUUAUAUAUUCGGUACCCGAAAGAUGAAAUGUAUUAAUAUAGGACCCGAAAGAUGAAAAUUGUCAAUCUAGGAUCUAAGACUUCAUAGAUUUUGAUUUAUUUAUUUUUUAUUAAUUCCUUUGCUAAUUUUUGAUAAACUUUUUUCCACAAAAGUUUAUUAGUUUAAUAAAACUAAGUAAUAUUUAAAAAUCUUAACAUAAAAAUAAUAAAAAUUCAUGACAAUAUAGGUCCGAGAUUGAUAGUCUUCAAUCAUUCAAGUCCUAAAUUGACAAUUUUCAUCAUUUGAGUUUUAUAUCUAUAAAUUUCUUCUUUCAGGUCUCGGAUUGAUAAUUCAUUUACCUUUCAAGUUUUGAAUUGAUAAAAUUCCAAAUAUUAAAGUAGUACAACGUUUCAUAAUCCCUACUAUGACGCACCCCAUCUUGAACAUUAGGAUGCAAAUCAACAAUUUUUUCUCAAACCAGGAUAAGCUUCUAAAGAUUCAAAAUAAAUAUGUUGAUCAUGUGUAUUGUCAGUCAAAUUAAUUUCAUAUUCACCAAUUAUUUUAUUCAAUUCUUCACUUAAUAAUCGAAAAUCAUAAUAGAAAUUUUAGUAAUUAAUUGAAUUAUGUAAAGUGUAAAGUUGGGAAUUUUUAAAAAAGGCAAAAGGAUGUAGUUGUGAUCUUUUACGGUAAUAAACCAAAAAAGGAGGACUAGGAGUGAGAGGGAAUCAAUCCUUGCACCUCAAGGAAAAGUAAAGGUUUUUAAAGCCUUUCCUCCAUUACUCUACUCCAUUCUUUGAGAUUCAUAGUUGUUUUGUGUUAUAUAUACAUUUAUAAGUAAAUUUUAAAUAAAAUAUAUAAAAUAUGUAGGUAUUUUUUUGGAAGUACGCGGGGUCCCGGGACCCCGUGGGACCCUUAGUGGGUCCGCCCCUGUCUGCCGCCUCAGCACCACCACCUCCAGUCACCAGGGGGGAAAAUGCCAAGUUCAUUACGAAUGCCAUAUUUAUGGCAGAAAAAAAUGAAAAUGUUGGCAUUCAAAAAGAGAAAUAUGCCACUUUUUUGGCAUUUUAAGAAAAAAAUGGCAUUUUUCUGGGAAAAUGUCAUUUUUUUCAUCAGCCGGAGAUGAUGGUGCUGGGAGGUAGUACAAGCGGUGGGAAAGGCAUCCAUAUUUUUUUAAAUUUUUUUUACGGAGUUUUACUAUUUUUUAUUAAUUUUUUUAAAAAUAAAAUUAUUUAAAAAAAAAGUUUUUGAAUUUUUUAUUUUAUAAAAAUUUUAUAAUUUUUUCAAUUAUAUUUCUACGAAUUUUUGAAUUUUUUUCGAAUUUAUUAUGAAUCAAACUUUAAUUAUGACUUUUGACUAUUUUUAAUUCAUAUUUAAUGGAAGGGUAAAAAUGGAAUGCAAAAACAGGUAUGUUUCCAAUAGGACUCAUAUGGUCCUAUUUUGGAAUUAAAACAUAGCAAGUCCUAUUUUAGGUUUUUGCCAUAGUUUUAGUCCUAUUUGAACUAAUUUCUAUAAAUUCCCCACCAUCCUCAACCUUCAUCUCAUUGAAGAAUGCAACAACCAACUCGAAGGGGGACCACCAAGUGGACAUGGCUAUCACGAGUUUGGGUAUUUUUUUAUCUACUUUGAUCUCAAGUCUUACUCGGGAUCCCUCGUUAAGUUCCUCCUCAAUAUCAAGGUUUUAAAGAUUAUAUUUUUCUUAAAUUCUUACAACCUCUCCAAAAGACUGUUCACAAAUCGAAACUACUAAAGUAAACUCUUAAUUUCCCUUUAUCUUCUCAAAUCCGUCUUCCCUAAACUCUUAAACACCCUCCAUGUAUGCCCUUAAUUCUCCUCAUUGCUACUACCUUUGUCAAUAUCACUGAUAGAGUAUAUGGACCAGGGACCCCCAGCCUACAGACUCCCACUACUCUAACACAGGCCCAAGGAGCAUACCCAAAGCGCAGCGGCCCAAGUGUCAAGAAACCCACGAUGCACAUACGGGUGCCUUCGGCCCCAUGGUCGAGGGCUCCAAACUCCAGGAAACAACUAAUCUUCUACAUACGAACCUACUGGGAGAAAACGGCGUAAAUCAGGAGCCUUCAGCACAUGCACGCCCUCGGCAUAAGGGUAGCCAUCGGCUGCAUAGAGCCCUCAGCAUAAGGGUAGCCUUCGGCUACAACACAGACAUCGGAGAUUCCCUUUAGAGACAAGCAACAACCGCAUUUAAUGCAGCAUCACAUCCACCCACCGCAUUUAAUGCGACACACAUGCGUAUGCCGGUGCCAUCCCGAUUGAGGUGACCCCUCGACUGUUAGAUUGUUGGCACGUGUCGUUAUCUAGUAUUUAUUGCUGCUAUAAAAAGCAGCCCAUUCUCCAUUGUAAAGCAUCACAUGUUCACAUAUUCGAAUACACUUUCUCUCUCUCACUUAUUGCCCUGACUUCUCUCUAAGUUAUUCCCGUAAUAACCCCUUGGAUAAGCUACCCCCGGGUACACUAUCCAUCAUUUGGUGCUCUCGUUGAGAGGUCGAACAAUCAAGUAAGAAACCCUCCCCUUCACCAAACUUAAAACAUCUAUGAAAAUGGGAAGAACCACUCGUGCCCAGUCCAAGACCCUUGAGGACAACAACCUGGCCCUCGGCGAAGUCGACGCCCCCGGAGCCUCCAACAACCUGGGAAUGAACAGGCUAUUGUUGACCUGCGCCUUCAGCUCCAGCAGAAUGCUCCCGAUGCCCGCCUCGACAUCGAAACAUGAAGGAAGGACCGGAGCGAAAAUCAAGUGAGCCCUCCGGUCCUCACUAUUGACGUACAAUCGGCAUUUUCUGCCUUCAUCCAGACACUCACCCAGAAUUCAGGGGCCUUCGGCACUCUGGUGCCACUCCAACCGCAGGUCGGGGAGAAUGUCGUUCCUCCCCCACCUCCACCCCCCUUCGUAAACCCUGUCCUUCGGUUAGGGAACAACGAAGGGGUCAUGGCUCAGGACGCCGCUUCCCAUGAAGUCCAGUCUCGGGACCAAUGCGGUGCGAACAAAGACAGGCAUCGGACCUCUGCCCUCGAGGGGUUAGGAGGAGCGCAAGAUCGCCGAGGGGUCCAAAACCGCCUCGGGGUUAAGGCAUUCCAAAGACCUCAGGAAAGCGGGGGAUCUAUGUCGAGGGCAGACGAGAGGCGUCCCCCGCAGGACAAAGGCAAGGGAUCACUCCAUGCCGAUGACGCCAGACACGGGAUCAACCAGGCCCACUCGGCCUGUGUACAAUCACAGGGGGCGGAGGCCCUCCCGAAGGAUCAUAGGGACGAGAUCAUUGAGGCCCUCCAACGCCGCUUUGAUGAAAUGGAGGCCCGCCAAGCGCAUACGACCGCUUCCGCCUCGCAGGCGGACCCCAAAUAUGCCACCAUGCUGGCCAAAAUGGAGGAGAUGCAAAGAAAAUUUGCCGAGGGCUCCGGGGAGCCCAUCAUCCAACUCCGGACAAGGACGCCAUUUACCCCAAGGGUAUUGGUAGCCCAUAUUCCGGGAAAGUACCGAGGGCAACCCAUCAAGCCCUACGAAGGAAAGACUGACCCCCAGGAGCACUACAGCAGGUACCAGAACAACAUGAUGAUGAUGGGGGCAUCAGAUGAGUAUUUGUGCCGUUGGUUCCUUUCCACUUUGGAGGGACCGGCGUACGAAUGGUUCAACCGGUUGCCCAAGGGCAGCAUUGGCUCUUGGCAAGAACUAGCCCAACUUUUCUUGACACAAUUUGCGGGAAUGAACCGGUCAAGGAAACAUUUCUCCCACCUACUAACGGUGAGACAACAGAAGGAGAAAACCCUCCGAGACUUCUUGGAACGCUGGAGGCAGGAGACGGACAAAGUUGACGGGGCCGACGACAGGACCCUUCUGGCUCUCUUGCAGACGGUCCUCCGCAUCGGGAACUUUUUGAGGAGCCUCAUCAUCGAACCCCCUCGCGAUUACAUAAGGGCCCUCCAGCGGGGAGACCGGUACACAGAGGUCGAGGAGGUGGAAAAAUGUCACCAAAACCCCAAGCAGCAGCGCCCCAGGCCAGAUGACAGGAACAACCGGGGCCCGGGGGCUCUGUUCCACCAAUCCAAAGGUCCGGUCCCCUCAGGUGAUCGCCUCCGGCAUGGCCAAGCCAAGUCCGGGGGAGGUUACAAAAACAACCCGAAGGCAUGGGCGCAGCCUGUUCUCCUGGAGCACCCUCGGACACCCCUGACGCAUCCCAUCAACGUCAUUCUCGACUUCGCCGAGGAGAGGGGCCUCAUAGAGCGAGACUCUCGCACACCCCCGGAAGUAUAUGCCAUCAACCCCGAUGAACCUUACUGUCGCUUUUAUCACCAUCAAGGGCACAAGACUGAUGACUUCCAUCAGCUGAAGGCAGCCAUCGAAAGGUUGAUACAGGCAGGCCAUCUGUCUCAAUUCGUCAGGGCCCCUCCUCCUUAGGGGACCCCUCAUCACCAAGGGCCCCCGCUGAAGGCCAAUAAAUGGGUUAAACCAAACACCAUCCCUUUAGAAAAUCCGCAGGGAAAGAAGAGUGAGAUUGGGAAUCUCAGUGAGGAGGAGGAUCCCCAACACCAAUACAAGCGCCACAUCCACAUGAUCAAUGGAGGCAACACUGGGGGAGACUCCGCUAGCCAAAGGAAGAAGUGGGCGCAGACCCUUUACAUGGGGAAGUCACCCAUAUGCCCCCCGUAAAGCGGCUGAGGGAGGAGCCCAUUAUAUUCACCAAUAUGACUUUGAGAAAAGUUUGAAAAAUGGUGAACAGUCUAUUUAACCCCCCCUCUAGACUGUUCCUAGUUUAAACGGGACCAACAAGUGGUAUCAGAGCCUCCUGGUUCUUGUAAUCUUUUAGGUUACUUGCUGAAAAAAGAUCCAUUUGUUUCUUAGCCUUUAGUUUAAAUCUCUUAUUAUGGAUAACACACUUUCCAAGAAUCUUAUGUUUUCAAUUACUAAGUUUGAUGACUGGAGGAUCAGGAUGAAAACACACCUCUGUGCUCUGCAUGAUGAGAUGUGGGAAGUUCUUGAUGCAGGUCCUUUUACUCAGUUCAAAAAGGUGAACCCAGAUUAUCUUGCUAGUGGUGAUCAACCUCAGAUGAUCAUCAAAGGACGUCAUGAGUGGUCAAAUGAAGAAAGGAGGAAAUGCAACCUUGACAACAUUGCCAAGGAUAUCCUCUACAAAGCCAUAGAUGACAAGUAUUUCACCUGAAUCAAGAAGUGCACCUCUGCCAAGGAGAUCUGGGAUACUCUGACCCUGAUAGGAGCUGGUGAUGAGCAGGAGAAAGACAACAAGAUGACAAUCGCCAUGAAGAAGUUUGAAGACUUCAAACUUCUCCCCAAGGAGUGCAUAGCUGAGAUGUAUGCACACCUGCUUACCC